UAUAGGAUGUAAAUUUUUAAAAUUGAGAUACGUGGGCAAUACUUAAUAGAAAAUACAAGGUUUAUAAUCGCAACAUUUUAUGUUACAGAUUCUCUUUUUACUGUCACCAGCGGUGAUUUGCGUUCAGCGUUACCGAAAAAGUACAAAUCCUAACGAUGAACCUUUUUUACCCAUACAUCCAGAAUAUCCCUACAAUCCAAAGCUAAUGAAACGUGGACUGGAGCCGCAACAAGCUCAACAAGUUCAACAAACGCAAGGUUUAGCUCAAAUCAGUCCAGAACUCUACGCCCCCAAGGUUGAUGCUCGAGAUUCAUAUUCAGCAAGUUUUAGUCAGGCGCCUUUAUAUCCAUCCUACGACCCGUAUGCUAAAGCUUCCACAACUCCAAAUGCUUUAACAAAUUCGCCCUACUAUCAAUCAUCAUACCCGACUUAUGGCGCCAAUCCAUACAAUCUUUUGAAUUCCUAUGGUGCUCCUUUUGGUUCCCCUGCUUCUAGUUAUACCCCUGGUACACCAACUGUUCCUAGCACAACUGUUCCAGGUUACGGAGCUGCCUCUUAUGGUGCAUCAAGUGCCUAUCCCUACUACUACUAUCCUUCUCAAUCGCCAUAUUAUUAUCCUAAUUACUAUGGUCAACCAACUUACCCACCUCCUCCACCACCUGGUUAUCCAGGUGGACCAUCAAAGCACCAAAGUGAAGAAGAUGAUGAGGAAGAAGAUGACAGACGUAGAGAGAAGAGCAAAAAAUCAAAUAACAACAAGAACAAAUUGAGAAAUUCUGAUCGUGAUAAUGCCGAUAGCCAUUACGUUGACGGUGCCAAUUACAUUAUAUCAAGCGCAAAAGAUUUGGAUACCGAAUCAAGCAGCCAUAGGACUCCCAGCCAUUACAAUCAAAUUGAACAAGAUUCCGAUGUCCAACCACGGGCGGUAAGCAUUCCCAAAACUUAUCGGCUUGUAAGUGUAUCAGGGCAGCAAGGUAAUGAUUACAAUUCAGGAUCAUCUGGUUAUAUAAAAAUUCAACAACUUGAACAACUAAUGCGUCAAGCUCUAGCUAGACUUUUGGCUCAAAAUGCAGCACAACAAGCAAACCUUGCUCAGAUUCAGCAAGACGUUAAUCAACAUCAAUCCGCCAAGGACAAUCACCAGUAUCUUACAGUGCCAAAUACUAUUGCCAAAACUGGGCUGAGUUAUGUUGUCAACCCGACGAUUCUCAAUAGAGUCACUCCUGGACAAUACAAUCCCAGCCAGUUAUUAUCAACUUUAAGUAAUAACAAGCAAUCAUAUCCCCAAAAAUCAGCGACAAGUAUUACUAUGCAUCAUUCGCCAGGAAUUUAUAUUCCACCAGGAAAAAGUUUAAACGACCAGUCCUCACUCCCCGAGUAUAGUGAUUAUGAUACAUCAGAGACCGCGACAACUAGAAGUCAACAGAACACAGGCAAUUAUCCAGCAACUGCUGAACCAACGCGCAACAACUAUUCAUAUUCUACUUAUCGUCCAACGCAGCAAACAAAUUUAGAUGACGUUAAUUUCGGUAGUAAACAAAAGACAAAAAGUUAGGCGAAAUUUAUUUGUUAAACGUAGCUACUUAGUAUUGUAGCUUAUAAUUGUUAUCCGAGGCUAAAUUAGAGUAUAAGUGUAACAGUUGUGAUUAAUUUUGAAAAUUAUUUAAGCAUGUAAAGUCAAAAGAUUAGAAUUGACUGCCAAUUCUGUUUGAGAUAGUAGUAUAACGAGAGUAAAUUUAAUACUGAUAAUAACAAAUGUACACCUAGGAAUGUAUAAAAAAAGAUGUGUUAGAUAUAUUAUGUAAUAUUGUACAAUUACUAUUAUUAUAUUAUUAUCAUAUUAUAAUCGAUCAUCGACUAUUUAAAAGCGUAUAUUUGUAAGAGGAGAUCGUUGUUUGUUUUGUUUUUAAUAAAACUGUUAUCUGAAA